CUAUUUGUUUUAAUAAAUAACAUUGUUCAGUGUGGGAUGCGCACAAGGCUAGCCACAGCACAGUAGCAUUCGCUUGACAGAGAUUGAUUACAUCAACAAAUAGUGCCCUUUUUAAGAUCGUUAACACGCACUGUGCUGCUCUGUAAGGCUACAAAUAACUAUCUACGUUAAUCGGUUGCAUCAUAAUAUAUUAAAAACACAUCAUCUUCAUAUAUUUAGGCUUUAUGUAAAAAGACAACAUUAGUAUUAAGCAACCUACUGCAAGCUCGAAGUGCAUUGCUGUUCCAGGAGAACGCGCGCAUUGAUCUGCUGUGCAGUUUUUCAGGGGGUAAAUGCAAUCACGUGUUCCACAGGCGUCCAAUCCCAGCUGGGGAAGCUUUCUGAAAUAAUUACCUGUCUUGAUUGUUCUACGGUCAGAUAAAAAAGUACACAUACACUCCAUAUAAUAAUCGGAUGCAUGUAAAAGAGAAGGGAAACAUCGCCAUGUCGGCUACGGGUCCCAUAAGUAAUUAUUAUGUGGAUUCCUUGAUCAACCAUGAGAGCGAGGAUGUUCUGGCGAGUCGUUUCACAGCCACUGGUCCGAUAUCCUCCAGCUCACGCCCGACGCCCCUGGUACCGGAAUGCGCGGAUUACCCGUCCUGCAGCUUUGCCCCGAAACCACCAGUCUUUACUACCUCGUGGGCCCCUGUUCACUCCCAGUCGUCAGUGGUUUAUCAUCCAUACACUCACCAACCUCACCUAGGCACAGACUCAAGGUACGUUCGCUCUUGGCUGGAGCCUAUCCCCGGUACCGUGUCUUUUCCAGGAUAUGCAGGGAAUAGCAGGCACUACGGGCUGAAGCCCGACACCUUCCAGGAUCCCCGUACUGGGGACUGUUUGGGCUCGAACGGACGCACUUACACGGAUUAUCUCUACUGCUCCGCCGUCGACAUUAGAGAAAAACAGCAGAACACACCAUCGCCUGAGACGGAGAGUCUGUCUUCCGGGAAGCACAAAGACGACAAGGCUGAAUUAGACCCAAAUAAUCCUGUGGCAAACUGGAUCCAUGCGCGCUCAACUCGAAAGAAGCGUUGUCCAUACACCAAGUAUCAAACACUCGAACUCGAAAAGGAAUUUUUAUUCAAUAUGUACCUCACAAGAGACCGGCGAUAUGAGGUAGCAAGGGUGCUGAACUUAACGGAGCGACAAGUCAAAAUCUGGUUCCAGAACCGACGGAUGAAGAUGAAGAAAAUGAACAAGGAAAAAAACGACAGUAAAGAACAAUAGACCAAAAGUCAUUAAUCGGACACAGACUGACGGAAAAGCAUCAUUUAGUAUCAUCACGAGUCUUAACAGUUGCACCUUCGGCCUAUAACAGGAACAGAAAACGAAUAUCCUAUAUGGAUAUCCUUUGAAAAAAAAAAAAGGCUGAUACAAGUAUGAUUUAAUAUAAGCGUAAUUUUACCAUCCUGGAUUGAGUCAUAUUAAUAUUAUACGUAGUUUGGAUUUACGUAACGUUUCUUUACUCACAAACACAAAAGUGGACUCUUCAGAGAGGCUGCCCGAAGUUUCAGAGAGAAAAUACUUGAACUACUUUAUUUUCACUUUCCUAAUUUAUGCUCUCUACGUGGUUGUUUCUUUUCUAUGCUUCCAUUAUUUGUAGGAGAUUUCAAAGCCGAGUAUUUUAUAAAGAAUAACAGUUAUGUAGUUAAAAAUGUACGUGUUUGCGUCGAUGUGCUUAGUUUGUUUUUGAUGUACCUGUUUGUGUAUUUUACAUUCUUUAAACUGUAAAUGAGUUGCAUCAUAGAUUGUAGAUAUAUCCAAAUAUAUACAACCAUGUUAAUAUGA